CUCAACCAUCCUCCCUCCACAGAUCUCUCCGGGGAGGCAGCAACAGUUAUGUCAUAUCAUUGUCGCGUCCUCGUCCCCGUUCCAUUUCAUUAUCCCCCCGGAGCUGGUGCGCGAGUCGGAGCUGGUGCAGGGUCACCCUUCCCCUCGGCCUCAAGAGCUCUGCGGUUGCCGCGGCCAAGGGCGUCCGUGGAGAAGCGGGAGCAGGUGGCGGCGAUGGAAGAGCAAGGCGGCCAGGCGGCGCUCGGGUGGGCGGCCAGGGACGACUCCGGCGUCCUCUCCCCCUACAGCUUCUCCAGAAGGGUUCCUAAAGACGACGAUGUCACGAUCAAGGUGCUCUACUGCGGGAUCUGCCACACCGACCUGCACGUCAUCAAGAACGACUGGCGAAACGCCAUGUACCCAGUCGUCCCGGGGCACGAGAUCGUGGGCGUGGUGACCGGCGUCGGCGGCGGCGUCACGCGGUUCAAGGCCGGCGACACGGUCGGCGUGGGCUACUUCGUGGGGUCCUGCCGCUCCUGCGACAGCUGCGGCAAGGGGGACGACAACUACUGCGCGGGGAUCGUGCUCACCUCCAACGGCGUCGACCACGCGCACGGCGGCGCGCCCACCAGGGGGGGAUUCUCCGACGUCCUGGUCGCGAGCGAGCACUACGUGGUCCGCGUCCCCGACGGCCUGGCGCUGGACCGCACCGCGCCGCUGCUCUGCGCCGGCGUCACCGUGUACAGCCCCAUGAUGCGCCACGGCCUCAACGAGCCCGGCAAGCACCUCGGCGUCGUCGGCCUCGGCGGCCUCGGCCACGUCGCCGUCAAGUUCGGCAAGGCCUUCGGGAUGAAGGUCACCGUCAUCAGCACGUCCGCCAGCAAGCGCCAGGAGGCCAUCGAGAACCUCGGCGCGGACGAGUUCCUCAUCAGCCGGGACGAGGACCAGAUGAAGGCGGCGACGGGGACCAUGGACGGCAUCAUCGACACGGUGUCGGCGUGGCACCCGAUCACGCCGCUGCUGGCGCUGCUGAAGCCGCUGGGGCAGAUGGUGGUCGUGGGCGCGCCGAGCAAGCCGCUCGAGCUGCCGGCCUACGCCAUCGUGCCGGGCGGGAAGGGCGUGGCUGGGAACAAUGUCGGCAGCGUCAGGGACUGCCAGGCCAUGCUCGAGUUCGCGGGGAAGCACGGCAUCGGGGCCGAGGUCGAGGUCAUCAAGAUGGACUACGUCAACACGGCCAUGGAGCGGCUCGAGAAGAACGACGUCCGCUACCGCUUCGUCAUCGACGUCGCCGGCAGCCUCGGCUCUGCCGCCUAGGCAUGGCUGCAAAGGUUUCAAUCAGAGCCCAGCCGCAAUAAUUUGUUAGCUACCGAAUGAAUGAUGGUCUACGCUUGUUGAUGAGUUGGUGCUUUGUCGUGGUUUUGUGGAUGUAAUAAUUCGAUGUACAAAUAAAAAAAGGGGAGACAAGGUGCUUGUUCCCUUGGUUUGGUGAC